AUGCUUAGCUUGGAAUUCUCUCUCAAGAUUGCAACUUUGCCCUAUCCUAUUCUAAGAUGUGUCUUGGAAUAUUACACUGUUGGCACUGUAUAUUCAAAAACAAAUAUAGAGUUUAAGAAUUCCUUAUACAAAAAUGUGUUACUAGCCAUUGAGUCAUAUGUUGCAGGAAACUACCACAAAGAGGAUAUGAGACUAAUGGUUUACCAGCCUAUUGAAAAUAUUAUCAAGAAAUUCAAAAAAAACUUAUUGGCUAAACAAUUGAAUAAUUUUGGCAUUAAAUUCGAUGAGUACAGUUACUGGAUUCAUAGAGCUGAAGUACCAAAAGAAGAAACAAAUGUGGUGAUAUAUUUUCAUGGUGGUGGCUAUUUACUAAAUAUGUUUGAAUCACAAUUUGUGUUUAUUACUGCAUUGCAUUACGCUCUUGAUAAUAAAGCAGCAGCCAAGACUUCAAUUUUGAUUGUUGACUACUCGUUAACCAUGUUUGACAAGGAAUAUCCAACUCAAUUAUUCGAAUGUCUAACAAGUUAUAAGAAUCUAGUCAAAGCUGGGUAUAAGAACAUUAUGUUAUUAGGGGACUCAGCAGGUGCUCAUAUGUCAUUGUCACUAGCGCGAGCUAUUGCAUAUCCAGAAGAAGUUAAGCAACAAUUGGAACCUUAUCCUCAGUUUAAAUUGGACUUUAGUGUUUCUUCUUUACCACAACCAAAAGCACUUAUAUUGGAUGCACCAUGGGUGCAACCAUGCACUAGACCAAAACGCCCUACAAGACAUGGUGUAAAUACAUUGGGAGAUCUUGUAUCCUGGGAUACAACUUUGGGAGAUUUUUAUGCAGGUAAAAAUGAUCGCAAAUUUAUUAACAACUUUUUAACUUUUACAAAUACUACUUGGGAAGAUCACUGGGCCAAAGUAGAACCAAUAAAUAAUGGAAAUACAAUGAUGAUUGUUGGAGAACGAGAAGUAUUAAGAGAUAGCUCUGAGGAUUUCUAUAAUAUGGUGAAUAAGAAUGGGAACAUUGAAUACCAUACAGAACCGGGUGGAAUCCAUGCUGGUGUUGUAUAUGUUGAAUCAUUAGAUUACUCUUCGAAAAAGGGAGCUAAACGAGCUAUUGCUGGAGAUUUCAAAAACAAGUACGGCUUUAACGCAAUUGCUCAUUUUAUCAAUGAGCGAUCUUAG